AGCAGCAGGGUAGAUGCUAGAAUCAAGUGGGUUAAGGGACCUUUUCCGUCUGGGGGAGGAGUCACGACACAAGGGGGAGGAGUUAGGCCAGCGGGAUAGUUCCUCUACUAUCCACGCCACCAACUAUUACCUUUAGUAAUCAGGUGGCGAGCGAAUCGAGCCACCGAGCCCGAAGUGCAACCCGUAGCAGCAGCAGCAGCAGCAGCAGUACUGUAGUGUGAGUGUAUGGGAUUGUGUGCGUGCAGAGCUUAGGGGACGAUGGCUCUCCCUGUGUCCAGGGCGGCGGUGCUGCUGCUCUCCCUGGCGCUGACCUUAGCACUGGGGUUCCUGCUGCCAGAGGCUCUGAAGCUGCUGUUUAGGUGUCUGGGGUUCCCCUAUGAUAACGCAUCAUAUGCCAUUGUAUUGCUGUACUUUGUGUUUGUGCUGUUUAUGGCCAUACCACGCCUGCCCAGGGGCACCCUACCAAUUCAAGGGAAAGCAGUGCUGAUCACAGGCUGUGACACAGGUUUUGGGUUGGCCUUGGCAAAGCACUUGCAUAAAUUAGGAUUUACAGUAUUUGCGGGUUGUUUACUAAAGGCUAAGAAAGGAGAUGGUGCCCAGGAGCUGGAAAGUUUCCAUUGUAACCGCAUGAUGGUGCUUCAGAUGAAUAUCUGCAGUGAGGAGGAAGUUAGCCAAGCUGUGGAGUUUGUAAGGCAGCACCUUGAGGACCCUGAUAAAGGUUUGUGGGGUUUGGUGAAUAAUGCUGGCAUCUCUACAUUUGGAGAAGUGGAAUUUACAAGUCUGGACUCCUAUAAAGAAAUAGUAGAUGUGAAUUUGUGGGGAACUAUAAGAGUGACAAAAGCAUUCUUGCCACUAGUACGUCGCAGUAAAGGUCGAGUGGUUUUCAUGGCAAGCAUGCUUGGAAGAAUGGGCAGUCCAUCGCGAUCCAGCUACUGUGUCUCUAAAUAUGGAGUAGAAGCCUUCUCUGACUGCCUGAGACAGGAAAUGUACAAGUGGGGGGUGAAGGUCAUUACCAUUGAGCCUGGAAACUUUGUUGCUGCCACUGGCAUAUUCACCAAGGAAGGAGUGGAAAGACGUGGAGAAGAGAUGUGGGAGAGGGCCUCAGAACUUGUACGCACGGAUUAUGGGAAAGCUCAUUUCUCUCAUCAGGUUGCCAAAAUGAAAGCCUUUGUUAGCUCUGGCGUAAAAGACAUGACUGCUGUUCUUAAUGCAAUAACAGAUGCCCUGAGCUCUAAAUACCCAUACACACGGUACAAUCCCACAGACACCUACGGCUGGAUAAAGCUCCAGAUUAUGUCUCACCUUCCAGCUGCUGUAGCAGACCUGAUUUAUGUUCACUGAAGAAACUGUUAAAUAUUAGUUGUGCAAUGAUUGUUAGAAAAAAUCAAGUGUGUGUGUUGUACCGUGUAAGCUGCUAUAGGGGGGUACUCACGGAGCGAUCGCUGCUUAUAAUCUAAGCAAUCUGACUAGAUGAGUACUGGCCUUUAAACAAGUGGGAAGCACUGCAGGAAUGUAGGCCACCUGCUACCCUAGCCUCGCCACCCAAAAGUGAAGCAUUACGGUACACAUGAUCUAUUGACUUACUUGUUUUGUAAGAUCCAAAUAUGUCUUUUAUGUAGAAACGUUCAAAUACACUACAGUAUAUUUCCAAGCAAGUGAGCUCACUCAAAGCAUAGAAAUAUUCAGUUAUCUUAACUGUUUUAUAAGGUGUGAGCUGAUACACUAUGAUUUUCUAUAUGAACCCCUGAUUCUACAAGACAGGCCGUGUACCGUCCAACACACCCCAUGUGACAGCAGUCAUAAGGCACAAUGAGGAUUUUAAAAUGGUGAAGAUGGAGUAUUCAUAGUAUGGUAACAUGACCACACAUGUUCACUAAUCAAGGCCAUCCAUCUAGAAGGAACACCAAGUUGUCUACGGUGGUCUGACUUCAAUGAUAACAUAAAUAUAAGGCUGCAGCUAGACUGAUAACUAUGAAUGUUGCUACAUUCAUCAACUUUUUGAGAUUUGUAUGUGAUGUAAUUUACGUGAUGAGUUCAACUGUAUCCUUCAUAAUCGCAGAAUCAGCCACUAGAAAUAAAGCUAUUUCCACUGUGUGAUUAACGUGUGUGGGAGUGUAAGGACAACUAUGUGAAAUCAGGACAUGUUUGUACUCUCCUGGCUGUAAUAUGCUGGAAUUCUGUAGGAUGUUUAUUCAGUGGCUUUUGCUUUGAAGUUGACUUAAAUCAUUUUGAUCUAUUAAAAAAAACAAUGGAGCAUAAAAGCUUAUUUUAUA